UCUCACCGGUGGAACAGCUGCGCGCUCACGUGACGCAGCUCCACUUUCACAUGUUUCUCUUCUCUCUGAACUCAUCAACGAACUAGCUUAAACUCUCUUCAGUUUCCGCGACAAUUAUUUACAAAGUGAAAUGUAAGUCUGAACUUAUUUUAACCGCGCCCUGAUUCAGUUAAUUUGUUAAAAAAAACUAAAAACGCUAAACUACAAUAUUGGUUAAUGAAGGCUAGCUAGCGAUAUGAGUUUGUUUUUCUUAAUAAACAAAUACGGUCAUGCGGUGAAGAGUAUUCAAUGAAGUGGAUAUGGAGGAGGACACAGUAGAGGACCAUCUUCUUCUGUACGCUAAAGAGGGCAAUUUGACCCUGAUCCAGAGCCUCCUUCAGUCGAGGAUUAGCCAGAACAUCUCUCUCAACAUCAAUUGUCGUUUUAAAUGGAAACCGUACUCUGGAUGGACCCCUCUACAUCUAACCUGUUUUCAUGGACAUAAAGAUGCAGUGGAGGAAUUAGUAAAGGCAGGGGCCGAUGUGAAUUUGCAAGACGAUGCGGGUGACACAGCACUACACAAAGCCGCCUCCACUGGAAGAACGGAGAUUGUCUUGCUGUUGCUUCGCUAUGAUGCAUGUGUCGACAUUAUCAAUGGAACAGCCCAAGUCCCCAAAGAUGUCACGGAGGAUGAUGAAAUCGUUACAAUGCUGGAGGCUGCAGAGAGACGGGAGGCAAGAAGACGGGAGAGGAAACUUCAGGAAGCAGCUCGAGAAGGAGACUUAGCCACUUUGUCCAAACUGCUCACUGGAAAGAACCAUCCAAAUAUUCACUGCAGAGACUCAGUGGGGAACACGCCGUUACACUGUGCCGCCUACAGAGGGCAGAAGCAGUGCAUAAUAAAACUGCUUAAGUCUGGAGCCAAACCAACCAUCAGAAACAGCAAUGAGCAGACAGCUUUGGAUGUGGCUUCCACUGAUGAAAUAAGACAGAUAUUAACAGCCUGUCAGCAAAAGGAAGUGAACAAUGGUGUGCCAAUGAUUGAAGGCCCUCUUUGGAAGAGUUCCAGAUUUAUUGGAUGGCGAUUGCAUUGGGUGGUAAUUAGGGAGGGUACCUUAUCCUGGUACCACACUCAGGCAGAUGCUAAAGCAGGUGUGCGGAAACAAGGCAGUGCGUCCCUAUCACAAGCUUACUGUAUGGUGAAACCAUGGGAUCAUUGCUUCUUCAUGCUCAGGUGUUUUGACGGCACUAUUCUUAAUUUCAAAGUCUCCCCAACAAUACAUUCAAUCACAAAAAGAAAAAAAUGGUUAGAAGCCAUAGAUGCACAUGCAGCGUUUGGCCAUCAGCACAAGAUUCAAGAUCAUGUGACAGACGAAGAGGAACUCAAUGACCCAGCUGUGGCAAGCUUCGCCCAAGCUCUUCAGACUGCCAGUGCUUGCCAACAGAAACUGGAGAAGGAAGUGUCAAUAUUUUUGUCUUUGGUGAAAAAUGUGCAAGAUGGUGCAAUCGAUCCAUCCAUUUCUCUGAAAGCCAAAGAGACCAGUGAGCUUUCAGCUGAAACCGCCGCUUCUCUACACCUGUGUCUGGAACUGCUGUCCAAACAAGAGGUGUGGAGCCUGAAGUUGGAGCAGGAGGAGGAGAAGAACAGAGCUCUGACUGAGGCGCUGCAGUCUCUCUCCUUUGAGAACCAAGAGCUAAAGGCGUGUGUACGUAGCAACAGGAAGUGGACAACCAUCAGUGCCCUGACGGAGGAUGACUUCUAUGAUGCUCUUUCAGAGUCGGACUCAGAGCUGUCGGUGAGCGGUUUCCUGUCUGUGGCCAGUCGCUCGUUUGAAGAGGACGAGGGGAGAGACGCCCCCCUUCUAAGCAGCAGCAGCAGCCUCCGCCAUCCCAGCGCACUCUCGGGGCCUACCGGAAUGUCAGGGGAGGGUAACCAUGGCAACCCGGCAGACCAACACAAUGGAAUCAAGCAGCACAGAACAAGUUUACCGGCUCCCAUGUUUUCCAGAAAUGACGUCAGCAUCUGGAGUAUCUUGAAGAAAUGUAUUGGCAUGGAGUUGUCUAAAAUUGCAAUGCCUGUGAUUUUCAAUGAGCCCCUGAGCUUCCUGCAGCGGCUCACAGAGUACAUGGAGCACACCCACCUCAUCCACCGGGCCAACGCCGCCACAGACUCUGUCGAAAGGAUGAAGUGUGUAGCAGCUUUUGCAGUGUCAGCUGUAGCAUCGCAGUGGGAGAGGACCGGAAAGCCUUUCAACCCUCUCCUCGGUGAAACCUACGAGCUAAUCAGGGAGGAUUUGGGCUUCCGGUGGAUGUCGGAGCAGGUGAGCCACCACCCUCCUGUCAGUGCCUUCCACGCAGAGGGCCUGAAGGAGGACUUUGUGUUCCACGGCUCCAUCUACCCCAAGCUCAAGUUCUGGGGCAAAAGCAUCGAGGCAGAGCCAAAAGGACUCAUCACACUGGAACUGCCCAAGUACAAUGAAGCAUACACCUGGACCAACCCCACCUGCUGUGUCCAUAACAUUAUCGUGGGUCAGCUGUGGAUCGAGCAGUACGGCAGCGUGGAAGUCAUCAAUCACAAGACUGGAGAGAGGUGCAGCAUGAUGUUCAGACCCUGUGGCCUCUUUGGAAAAGAACUGCAUAAAGUGGAGGGCUACAUCUUAGAUAAAAGCAAAAAGAAGCUCUGUGCGAUCUACGGCAAAUGGACUGAGUGUCUGUACACGGUCGACUCGGCUGCAUUUGAGGCGCACAAAAAGAGUGAUAAAAAGAAUUCAGAUGACAAAAAGGGAAACAAACAGAGCAAUGUGGAUGAGGAGCCUGAGGAAAUGCCACCCCCUGAGGCAGAGACUGUGCAGGUCAUCCCCGGCAGCGAACUCAUCUGGAAAAUAACACCACGACCAGAGAACUCUUCAAAGUACUAUGCGUUCUCCACAUUCGCCAUGCAGCUGAACGAGCUGGAGAAAAGCAUGGAGGGAGUCAUACCCCCCACGGACAGCAGACUCAGGCCUGACAUCAGAGCCAUGGAGAACGGAGAUAUAGAUCUGGCAAGUGCAGAGAAGAAACGACUUGAAGAAAAACAGAGAAUGGCUCGGAAAAAUCGAUCAAAGUCUUCAGAGGAGUGGAAGAACAGAAAUGGGGCCCUAGGACCAAGGUGGUUCCAGCAAGGAUCCAACCCUCACAACAAAGCUCAGGACUGGCUCUACUUAAAAGGCUACUGGGACCGGAACUACUCCCAGCUACCAGACAUCUACUAACGGAGGGCACAUCACACUGCUGCCUGGACUGCUAAUAAUGGCAGGAUUUGUAACAAGAAAAAAAGAUCAGUAUGUGGUUUGGGGGAAGCUGAAUAAGAAGAAACACAAACGCUUAAUGCGAUCUGUGAAAUAUAAAGCACAAACUUACGGCUGUCGGGCACUUAUAAAUAUAUAUACUAUGAAGAUACUAAAAUGUACUGUAGCCGUUAUUUGAAAUAUUAUAUUGUUGGGAGUGUUCACAAUUCUCGUUUUGUUUGACUUUAGUCCAGGCUGUACUUUACCCAAGCUUUAAGAGUGAGCAUGAUGCGAUGGUCUGUUAUUUCAUGUAUGUAGCUCUGAUACCACUACACACAGAGUAGUGAAAAGUGAUGACUUCUAAUAUAUUUGCCUUUAACAUAUCUUGUUGUAUAGAUAAUCAACUUACUGAAUGUGCUGUCAGGUCAACUGCACAAGCCAAUGAGCUAGUCCUGUUUUAUAUACAAUUGUAAUAAAGUAGCUAGAUGUAAGAAAUUAAAUUGGAUUCUAAAUUAUGUACAGAGAAUAACUGGUUUGUACACAAUCUAGUCUUUUUUUGUCUGUAGCUGCUCUUACAGGUUUGGGAUUGUGUGUGAAGGUCUUGCCAUAUUUGAAUACAUUCCUGGUGUUCUAUGCAUCGAUGUUUAGAGAUGUAUAAGAUUACUGCAUGUGCACCACCGUUAUAACUAUGCAAGCCUUACCUCUUCUCAUCAUGCACUGAAGAUCUUUUGGUUUUGUGAAUAGCUGCUGUUAUAAUGGUUUGGUAAUUUAUCAGAAUUUCUAUUGUAAAAUAAAAGCUUAUGGACUGAA